AUGAGGAAGGCACCCGCUCUUCUCCUCCUCCUCCUCACUGUAUUUUCCCUCUUCUGCAAUGGAAACUGCAAAAUGGCCAACGCAGAAGAGAAGCUAAUGGACUUCCUUCUGAACAAGACUAGGUACAAUAACUUAAUUCGCCCGGCUGCUAAUUUUUCCCAGUUGGUGUCUAUCAAGCUGCAAGUGGUCCUGGCCCAGCUCAUAAGUGUGAAUGAACGGGAGCAGAUCAUGACCACCAAUGUCUGGCUGAAACAGGAGUGGACAGACUACCGCCUGGCUUGGAACUCAUCACAGUACGAAGGUGUAAAGAUCCUCAGGAUCCCCUCAAAGCGCAUCUGGCUUCCAGACAUCGUGCUUUAUAACAAUGCUGACGGCACCUAUGAAGUCUCUGUGUACACCAACGCCAUAGUGUCCUCAAAUGGCAGUAUUUUCUGGUUGCCCCCAGCUAUCUAUAAGAGUGCCUGCAAGAUUGAAGUGAAGCACUUUCCCUUUGACCAACAGAACUGCACACUCAAAUUCCGAUCGUGGACCUAUGACCACACCGAAAUUGACAUGGUCCUGAACACGCCCACAGCCAGCAUGGACGACUUCACCCCCAGUGGAGAAUGGGACAUUAUCAAACUCCCAGGACGGAGGACGGUCAACCCCUUGGACCCCAGCUAUGUGGACGUGACUUAUGAUUUUAUCAUUAAGAGGAAGCCCCUUUUUUAUACCAUCAAUCUCAUCAUUCCCUGUGUGCUGAUCACGUCUCUCGCUAUCCUGGUGUUCUACCUGCCCUCAGACUGCGGGGAGAAGAUGACACUGUGCAUCUCGGUCCUGCUAGCCCUAACUGUCUUCCUCUUACUGAUUUCCAAAAUUGUUCCCCCAACUUCCCUGGACGUCCCCCUCAUUGGCAAGUACCUCAUGUUCACUAUGGUGUUAGUGACGUUCUCCAUCAUCACCAGCGUAUGUGUCCUCAACGUGCAUCACCGUUCCCCCAGCACCCACACAAUGGCCCCCUGGGUCAAACUGCUUUUCCUUGAGAGGUUGCCCACUUUCUUGUUCAUGAAACGCCCAGAGAAUAACCCCACUAGGCCCCAGUUUGACCAGCGCCAGAGGAACAGGUCCGAAUCCCCCCACCAUGCCAGCACCGGCAACCUCUACAAGAAUUCUAUGUACUUUGUGAACCCCACCUCGGCUCAAAGGACAGCAGCUGGUGCCGACAGCUCAGUGGGCCAUAAGGAUUUCCGCUUCAGGUCCUCCAAGAGGUAUCAGCCAGAAGUGCAGGAAGCCAUCGACGGUGUGAGCUUCAUAGCAGACUACAUGAAAAGCGAUGAUAGCGACCAAUGUGUCAUCGAAGAUUGGAAAUACGUGGCCAUGGUCGUGGACAGGCUCUUUCUCUGGAUAUUUAUCUUCGUCUGUGUCCUGGGGACUGCUGGCUUAUUCCUGCCUCCUCUCUUUCAAAACCAUUCUCCACCCUAG